CUGCAAAUGAUAUACCCAUUGCAUGGAGAUGAAGUGUUUAAAGAAGUUUACAUCAUUAAUAAAAAGCACACUGAACCAAACAGGGAGAUAGGAGUUUGACUGUUGUGGCAAUGGCUGGAACAAAAUUACAUGGUGAUAUGAGGUCUCAACCAGUGAGAUCUCUGGCUAUGAUGAUGAGUAUCAAUGACAUCAAGUAUGAGUAUGUCUUCUGGGAUCUCCUAAACAGGGAAGAAACAAUUUGGACUGAGGCCUUCAUAAAAAUGAAUCCACUAAAAAGGGUCCCAACACUUGAGAUUGAUGGCAACUUUAUAAUAGAGAGCAAUGCAGCCCUGCAGUACCUGGCAGAGAGGGAAGGGGUACCAGAUCAUUGGUACCCCAGAGGUGGGAAGGAAAGGAUUCUUGUCAACACGUAUCUUGCAUGGCAUGGUGUAGACAUGAGAGGGAAAGCAAUUGGAUGGUUCUUUCACGCGGUGGUUCAACACGUGUUUCGUGGACUGCCAAUAGAUGAAAAAUUUGUUGAAAAGGGACGUAUGGAGAUGGAAGGGAUGUUUGAUCAACUUGAAACUAUAUGGUUGAAAGAGAAUCGCUACAUAGCAGGAGAUGACAUCACAAUCGCAGAUCUUCAGUGUAUCAAUGAGCUGAAUAUCAUUGAAUGUGUUGAUUAUGUCAUUAGAAAGGAUAGACCCAAGUUAUCAGCGUGGAUGGAGCGCGUAAGAGAAAGGCUGAACCCUCACUAUGAUGACAUAAACAGAGAACCACUGGCAUUGAUGCAGAAUGUAUACAGAAAAUAGAAAGAAGCCAAGGCAUAAGAUG